AGCAAAGCGACCGUUCAAGCUAAGCAUCACUUUUCCUCCCACCACAAAUAAUAAAUUGAGCAGCGAUGCGAUUGUUGUCUCGCCUUUGCCUCUGGGCUGCGGGUUGUGGGUUUUCAUUUUCUCAAUGAACAAUCGGAAGCGGGUCCCAAACCCAAACCCAAUCCCAAUUCCACCCAACGUUUUAUAACACUGCAAAAAUUACUUAUCUACAAUUUGACGAUCGCGUCACAGUUAACGAUCUGAAGCAGGUGGUGCCAUGGAGAAGGAUAUGCAAAAUUUAUAAUUUCUUGCAAUUCGUUUUUUUUUUCUUAAUUCCAAAUUCACCGUCGGCUUCUUCAAACUUCGAAGGCAGAAUUCCGUAUUUAGGAUUGGAGAUAUAUGGGAGAGUCAUGCAUCAACAGGCAAAUGAAUUCCAUCUCUUCAUCUGAUCUCAUAUUGCUUGGAUCUAUAGCUUGGACCCAAUGAGAGACCUAUAAAUCCUGAUGGCAGUGAUACACACCUCCACCCUUUAGGCUGUAUACCUUGUACAGGAUUCGUGUAGCUCUGAGCCUCUGACACCAUGUGGUUGGGAUAAGGCUUAGGUGAUGAUGAUGAGUUAUACACACCUCCACCUCAGAGUAGCAGCCACUUCUCCAAUAUUUGAUCUUCACCAACUGAGAUAAGUUCAGUUUUUUUUGGUCUGAACUUUAUCAUUCUGCAAUGACCACAAAUUUACCUUCUGAACAGCUUGUUUUUUGCUUGUCAAUGGAUGACUUUUUAUUUCGUAUCUUGACGUUGGCUUCCCAAAUAAGACGUCGCUUCAUUCGUUUCAUUGAGGAUCUUGUCUUCAGAGAUAUAGAAAGAUGCUCACAAGAUAUGGGAUUCUUGUCUUCUGGGCGGCAUACAAGAUCUUCAUGUGGCAGGACAUACCGAUCUCAUUCGAAGGGUUGUUCAACCUCUCCUAAACCUUCUGAUCCAGGCACAAGCCUCCAGAUCAAUGCAAUAGGAGUGCCAGAAAUCCUUGAAAACUUCUCUUCAAGUAGAAAUUUUGAAAUUGUACAAAACAACCAUACCAAUUGGGGUGGUCCUUUCAAUUUUCAAGGGCUGCUACUACCUGUAUUUGGUUUUAGACUUGCCUGGAGGUUGACAUUUGCCUGUUGGAGACGUUCCUUCUUUCAUGUCAGACAUGCUCAAAUUCAAGUUCGGAGUUUCUUUUCCCGAGUGCGGAGGACAAUGCAUGGGUCCUCUGAUGAUAUUGGAUGGUUGCAGCGAACUCCUGGGAUGGCACCCGUGGAGGAUGGUACAUCUAGAUUCAUGGAACUACUUAAACGAAUAAGAAAUGGGGAGCAUACUCUGCCUAAUUCAUUUGUCUACUUGCUAAUUCCAGGUCUUUUUAGCAACCAUGGUCCCUUGUAUUUUGUGAAUACAAAAAGAUUUUUCUCGAAGAUGGGUCUUGCAUGCCAUAUUGCAAAGAUUCACAGUGAGGCAUCAGUGGAGCACAAUGCAUGGGAGUUAAAGCAAUACAUUGAGGAACUGUAUUGGGGUUCUGGCAAGCAGGUUAUGCUGCUUGGGCACAGCAAAGGUGGGGUGGAUGCUGCAGCAGCAUUGUCCCUUUACUGGUCUGACCUAGAAGACAAGGUUGCUGGCUUGGCAUUAGUGCAAAGCCCUUACGGUGGAAGCCCCAUUGCUUCUGACAUUCUCCGACAAGGCCAGAUUGCUAACAGGGAAGCUCGGAUGAUCAUGGAGCUCUUGAUAUGCAAGCUUAUCAAGGGGGACAUGCGAGCCUUGGAGGAUCUCACUUAUGAUAAGCGGAAGGAGUUCAUCACAAAGCACAAGCUUCCAGAACAGAUCCCUCUAGUGUCCUUCCACUCUGAAGCAAGUGUAGGACCAGGUGUUUUGGCCAUGAUGUCCCACAUAGGCCAUGCAGAGCUUCCACGGCUCCCCUUGCCUAGGUGUUUUGGGAAUGAGGAGUCUGACAUCAUCCAAACUGGGCGCAAGGUGCCUGUGGUCUUCCCUCUUGCUGCUGUCAUGGCAGUGUGUGCACUGCAUCUACAACUCCGGUAUGGAGAGAAAAGUGAUGGCUUGGUGACGUGCCGUGAUGCAGAGGUCCCAGGCUCUGUGGUGGUCCGACCUGAGCGGAAGCUGGACCAUGCUUGGAUGGUUUACUCCUCACAGAAGAGGGAUACUUCUGAACCAGAUGCUUGUGAGAUGUGCGAGGCCCUACUGGCUUUGCUUGUGGAAAUUGGAAACAAGAAAGCAGAGCACAUGGGGAUGGUGUCUAUCUCCACUCAACUGCAAAAUUAGCUUUCUUCUACCGGGUUGUUACUUUUGUUAUCACUGUUCGUUUGCUUGUUGUCUGAACAUCAAUCUAGAUAGCGGGGAAAUGAUUUAGAAAAAAAAAAAAAAAAAAACACCAUGUUAGAUGUUACCAAGAGAAACAGUAAUUUAAGCAAGCAGAAAAAAAAAAAAGUAACAGCAAGAUACCAACAAAAAGAGUAAUUUAGACCAGAUCCAGUGCGUGGCUUUUUAUUUUUAGUAAAGCGGCAAGAUUCCCACUCAA